AUGAGGAGAAUCUUGCAGAUCAAUGAUGAAAAUGGUACUACACACACGGAUCAAGGGGAGGUCGCCCAAGAGUUUGUCUCAUACUAUCAGAACCUCUUAGGAGGUACCAGACAACGAUUGACAGUGGAUAUUCGAUACCUUAGACCAUGGGCGAGGCACUGUAUUACUGAUGAGGAAGCUAGCCACUUACUCCUACCAUUCUCGCCAGAUGAUGUGAAGCAAGCAGUGUUUGAUAUCGCUGAAGACAAGGCGCCGGGACCUGAUGGUUACUCGUCAGGGUUUUUCAAGGCGGCUUGGCCUAUGGAGGGGGAAGAAGUAACGAGAGCAAUUCUGGAUUUCUUUUUAAUCGAAAAACUACUGAAACAGGUUAACUCCACGAUUUUGGCUCUAAUAACAAAGAGACUUAGUGUUUUACUAGAGAAGAUUAUUAGUCCCUGUCAGACAGCAUUUAUCCCGGGAAGAAGCAUUGGAGACAAUAUUAUGCUAGCUCAGAAACUAUUCUCAGGCUAUAAUCAGAUGCGCCUACCCCCCAGAUGCGCGCUUAAAGUGGAUAUCAGGAAGGCCUAUGAUACGAUGGAGAGGGACUUCUUGUUAGCAGUUUUUCAGUUGUUCAGAUUCCCACCUAAGUUUACAAGGUGGAUUGAGGAGUGUGUCUCGACUACAUCAUUCUCGAUUGGUCUAAAUGGAAUUCCUCAUGGGUUCUUUACUGGAGAGAAAGGAUUACGACAGGGAGACCGCCUAUCUCCUUAUAUGUUUGUUCUCGUCAUGGAAGCUUUACAUAUGGGAUUCCUGCAACGAAUUGAGCAGGACAUGCAAUUCACCUAUCAUUGGAAGUGUGAGAGCUCCAAGGUUUUCCAGUUGGGAUUUGCAGAGGACCUACUUCUUUUCUGCAGAGCUGACUUUGACUCCAUUAGAGUCUUCAAGGAGGGAUUGGACUGGAUUGAAAACCCAGAUGAUGGAGAUUUUGGGCUUUCAAGAGAGGCAACUACCAAUGAGGGAGGUUCUUGGGGAUGGCGGAAAAUGCUCAGGCUCCAUCCUUAUCUUCGCUCUAUUGUGGAUUACCAGAUUGGAAAUGGAGGUAGAUUCUUUAUUUGGCAAGACCCGUUGCAUCACUUGGGUCCACUUAUUGAGCGGUUCCCUCGUGGACCACGCCAUCUUAGACUUGAAGAAUCAGCAAAACUCAAUUCGAUUUAG